UUGCGCUCUCUAUCUCUCAACAUAAAUAAAUUUAAAAUAAAAUCAUAAAAAGUAAAAGGUAAAAAAAUACUCCUUGAUUUAAAAAAUGAAAGGAUUCGAAAAGGCAUUUCUAGGAAGAAAAACACGAGUAAGCAAUGAGCCCAGGGAAUGACACUCGGCAUCAUUAGGGAACCACGGGUCAACCACAAGGGGAUCUGCCACAUCAAACCUGCCAUGAAAGGCGGUAACAAGGAAGGGACAGUUACAAGUGCAAAUGGUGCAGCUCCUUCGGAAAGCAGUCUGGCGGUUCCUCAAAAUGUUCAACAUAGAAUUAACCUACGACCCAGCAACUCGGUUUCUACAUCUCCAGCCAAGAAAAAUGGAAAAAAAAAAAAAAAGAAUGUGCUCAAACUCGGGCACAAGUGUGCAUCGUGGCACCGUUCAUUCCUCCAAGAUGGAAACAACCCAGAUGUCCGUCAGCUGGUGAAUGGACGAACAGAAAGUGGUGCGUCCAUACAAAAGGUGCUCUUCCACAGUGAAAGGAACGGAGAACUGACACGGGCUGCAGCACGGAUGAACCUCAAGAGAGUUGUGCUGAGAAGCCAGACACAAGACCACAUAUUGGGUGAUUUCGUUUGUGUGAAAUGUCCAGAAUGGGAAAGUCUGUAGAGACCAGACAGUGGAUGGGCUGGCCUAGGACUGGCUCUGGAUGGGGCUGGGGCAGGAUCAAAAUGGGAGUGACAGCUAAGGGGUGCAGGUUUUCUCAUGGGGAAUGAUAACAAUGUAAAAUUAGACAAUAGCGAUGGUGGCACAACUGUGAAGUUGCUUUAAAAAAAAAAACUCAUUGAGUUGCACGCUUUAAAUUGGUAAACUUUCUGGUAUAUAUCAAUAAAAUGGAGCAGGGGGCGGGAGACCUAGGGCUUCCCCAGGGAGAAAUUCGUCCCUUGCCCAGGCGGAAAAGACCUGAGCUGGCAGGUCAUUGGCUGAGCGGAACUGCUGGGGUCUCCUGGUCUUGCCCCGCCUCCAGCCCAGCCAGCUAGAGAUGGACUGACCAGGACCUGGGCCAUGGAGGGUGUGGGAAAUCCCAGGAGCCCUCAGGUACUGGUGGGAAGCAGGAUGGAUCCAUUGCUUCUGUUUUUAAGGGACAUGCCCUGUAUUCUCCCCUUCUUGUGGAAUCCCUGGACCCCAGACCUCUGCUGAGUGAGCCUGUGCUUUGUUCAGGGAAUUCUCCUCAUCUUGAGGUCAUGGAACAAGUGUGGGAGAGAGUGGCUAUGGGCCAGCUUGGUGUUAUAGCGCUAGGGGACAAUGCCAUCACCAUUUUCAGGAUCCUACUCCCCGUCCUGUCCUUCACUGGGACUGCACCUCUUUCUGCCCCCAGGAACCCUGUGUGGAAGGGACAUCGGAGCUCCACUCAGAUUCUCAAUGACCUGCCUGCUCGCCCAGCUCCCCAGGCAUGUCUUGGGUGUGGGCUGUCCCCUGGUGGCGAGAUAAGGAAGGACCCAUUCCUCCUCACUCAGAAGGUAGGUGGGAUCCUGCGGGCUGUGACAGCUAGGCAGAAAGGGAUAAGUGACCCUGGAGGUAUUCUGGGGUGCAUAGGCAGAAGGUCAGGCUGGCUAAGAACAAAAGAGGAGACAGAUGGAGAGCGGAGAGCCCAGCUCACUUGUUCCACGCACAGUAAUUGAAAAAUAAAAUGUGUCAUUGGAAAAUGAUCGGACAGUACAAAAGGCCCUGUUACAAAAGUCCUCCUCCCGCCCUGAGAGUCCCAGUGCCCCACCCACAGCAACCACUGUUUACAUGACCUAUUAAAAUUUUAUUUUGAGAGAAGGAGUACAAGUGCGGGGAGGGGCAGAGAGGGAGAAUCCCAAGCAAGUUCCACACUGUCAGUGCAGAGCCGGAUACAGGGCUCGAACCCACAAACCGUGAGAUCAUGACUUGAGCCGAGAUCAAGAGUUGAAUGCUUAACCGACUGAGCCACCCAGGCGCCCCUUUCGUUUUUUUAAAGCACAAAUGGGAGCUUUCCGGGACACCCAGGGAGGGGUCCCUACGGGCAUUGUUUUGCGCUCCUGUCGUAACUUAAAGGGAAAUUUCACAAUGUCCGGAGCCCUUUAUGUCCCGCAAAUGAAGGAGGAGGAUGUCCUCAAAUUUCUUGCAACAGGAGCCCGCUUAGGUGGCACCCACCCUGACUUCCGGUACAUCUACAAAAGGAAAGGGGAUGAAUGGUAUCUCCAUCAUAAAUCCGAAGAGAACCUGGGAGAGAAACUUCCACUGGCAGCUCAUGCCGUUGUUGCCAUUGAAAACCCAGCUGGCAUCAGCGUCACAUCGUCCAGGAGUCCUGACCAGCGAGCCGUGCUGAAGUGUGCCGCAGGGGCCACCCCUGUUGCUGGCCGCUUCGCUCUGGAACCUUCCCCAUCCAGAUCCGGGAAGCCUCCCCAGAGCCACGUCAUGCUUGGUCUCUACUUCUACAGAGAUCGUGAAGACAUGGAAAAGCAAGCGCAGGCCGCUGCUGAAAAGGUUGUGACCAAGGAGGACUUUCGGGGUAAAUGGACGGCUCCAGCUCCUGAGUUCACGGCUACUCCACCGGAAGUCGCAGACUGGUCCGCAGGCGUGCUGGUGCGCUCUGGGCCCACUCAGCAGUUCCCUGCCGAAGACUGGGGCGCCCAGCCACCACCGAAGACUGGUCUGCGGCUCCCACUGCUCAGGCCACUGAAUGGAUAGGAACAACCCACGGAGUGGUCUUGAGCUACUGUUCCACAAAGGCAAACAAAAAAAUAAGGUUGACAGAAAAUAAACAGUUGGGCUUGUU